CCAUCUUCUCCCCCUAGCUCACCACUCUCUACACUGCGGAGGCUUUUAAGAUAUAUUCGCUAACGCAUCGGACUUUUCGACGCUUCUUGUGCAUAGAGUGCAUCUGUAUCGUCGCCUUCUUGUUUGCACCCUCAAAACUAGCAGUGAGGUUGAAUGAAGAUUCCCAGGUUGUCUAUCUCGUUGGCCCUUGUGAGGGAUAUGAGCAAGACGCCGCCAAAAAGUCCUGCCAAAACACACAAACAGAAAGCAGGGGCGCAACAGAGUACCAUGAGCUCCCAGAGAAAUCAAUCGCCAACCACACUUACCCCAAAGAAGAAUUCAAUCACACUUCAGAACCUAUUUGAGCAGGAGAAGCCGACGUUGCCCGGCAGCAACGGCAUCGUAUCUUCUCCGAAUUCAGGAAACGAAGAGAUUCUCUGUGUUGUUUCGUACUGCUCCUCCGGGUUGACCUUCACUGACACUUCAGAGUCUCCGUCACAGCAGGACUUCAAGCGCCUCCAGCUCAGUAAGCUUCUCGCUAUCAUCAAGUCAUCGAAGAAGCCGCUUCCAGAGAAAGUUCUAGAGCCCCUAGUUUCGAUGAUCUCUCCUUAUCUGUUCCGACCACUCCCUCCUCCGGCAAAUCCCUCCGAUGUCGCAGACUUGCCCGAUGACGAAGAUCCCAUCUCCACAUUUUCACCCAUACGGUCACAUCUCCAAAUUGUAUACGAAAUUCUUCUCGGGGUUGUUAUGAUCACAGACCCAAAUGUCCUGAAGGAGUAUAUAGAUCAUCCGUUCCUUCUCAGGCUCCUAGCUUUAUUCCAGUCUGAAGACAGAAGGGAACGGGAGAGCUUGAAAAAUGUGUACCACAAGAUAUAUUCCAAGUUCACUUGUGAGCGUUCCUUCAUGAGGAAAUCGAUGAACGAUGUGCUGUUGAACUACGCGGUCGAGACAGAGAAGCAUGCAGGGAUAGCGGAGUUGCUGGAGAUAUGGGGAACAAUAAUAAAUGGGUUUACGGUGCCACUAAAGGAAGAGCAUAAGUUGUUCCUGAUGAGAGUGCUGAUUCCUCUGCACAAGACCAAAGGGCUGCAAAUGUACCAUAGGCAAUUGGCUUACUGUGUGUCGCAGUUUGUGCAGAAGGAGCCUAUGCUAGGGGGGAUUGUUGUCAGAGGGAUUCUGAGAUAUUGGCCCGUCACAAACUGUCACAAAGAGGUUUUGCUGAUUGGGCAGUUGGAAGAUCUGGUCGAGAAUUUAGACCCUGAUCACUACCGAAAGUUGGCUUUGCCCCUAUGCACGCAGAUCACCAAAUGCAUCAACAGUUGGAAUUCCCAGGUAGCAGAGCGAGCACUGUAUGUAUGGAACAACGAGCAGUUCGUGAGGAUGGCGUCGACGGCGAUGGUGGAAGUAUUUCCGGUGAUAGUACAAGGGAUGGAGAAGAACCUGCAGUGGCACUGGAGCAAGAGCGUGAGGCAACUAACAGAGAGUGUCAAGUUAAUGCUGGAAGACAUGGAUCCGGUUCUGUAUUCCAAGGCCCUCCAAGACAUGAAAGCCAGAGAAUCAGCCGCACGCCAGGAAGAUUUGAAGAGAAAGCAGAGAUGGCAGACUAUAGAUGAAAUGGCAGCAACAAAGACUCAGUUCCUCAACCCACCACACUCUAUACGUGUCUCCCACUGAGCUACACUGCAAGCAAAUUUCUGUUGGCAAUCACUUUUCCACAUUUUAAUUUUAGAAUAUAGAAAUAACACACACACACACACACAUGACCAUAUGGGGUGAGUACGCCAAAUUUGCAGAGGUGUAUUGAAUCGGACAAUAAUGAUGAAUAUGCAAUAUCCACAGGGAAAAAA